UCCUCUUCUUCAACCUCCAUCAUAAUAUUCAUCCUUCUCUUCCACCUCUUCAUCAUCUUGGAACCAUGAAAACGAAGAAAAAAGCUCAAUUUUCAUCAUUUCUUUUUACGAUACAACAUAAACUUUUCGUUGGGAAGUAAUUUUUUUCUAAUUCCGUUUACCUGUGAUUUGUUUCAUUAGCUAAUUUCAACUUCGAUUACCAGCUAAUUAACACCAUCAAUAGGACAAUCCUAUUAACCCGUUAAUCUUGUUAUCGUUUCAAUACUUUGUCGUUAUCAUUUCGAAACCAAAAUCAUAAACAACAAUUAACUUUCAAUUUGUUUUUGAAAUUUCUGUUCAAAUUCAGUAUUCGGUGAUAAAUCAACAGCAAAUGGUCAGAACUGUUUAAACUUGAGUUCUCUGCCUGUGAUUAAUUGAAAUUAAAUGGAAUCAAACUAAUUGUCAAUUGUUAAUACUUGUUAAUAAUCAUCAUUAUUAAUUUUUUCUCUGCUAAUUUAAUGAUUAUAUUUACAAAUUUACAACCAAUUAUUUUUCAUGCUCAUUCAUCAAGAUUUAAUUUGCUCACUAAUUAACAACAUGAUUGAACCACCCACAAAGUUAUCUUUUAAUCGCAGAAAAUCAGUUUUUGCUGAACAUUAUGAUCCAGCUGAAGAGGAUGAUGAAGAAGGUGAAAAGGUAGUUCACCCUAAAAGUGAUGAGCAAAGGAAACGUCUUGGUGAGGCUGUCAAAGGUAUAUUAUUAUUCAGAUCAUUGGAUCAGGUAGACAUGUCAGAAGUUCUGGACGCCAUGUUUGAAAGGAAGGUGCAUCCUGGUGAAUUAGUUAUAAGGCAAGGAGAUGAUGGUGACUAUUUUUACGUAAUAGAAAGGGGAACUUUCAGAUUCUACUGUACAAAUGACGGUAAACAUAUUGAACUUGGAGAGUACACUGAUUCCGGAAGCUUUGGUGAACUUGCUCUUAUGUAUAACAUGCCAAGAUCAGCAUCAGUUGAAGCCAAAUCUGAAGGAUCCCUUUGGGCGAUGAGUCGUCAAACAUUUCGAAAGAUAGUUUUAUCAAGAGCUUUCAAGAAAAGGAAAACAUAUGAAGCUCUGUUGGAAAGAGUUGAAAUGUUGAAGUCUCUUGAGGCAUACGAAAGGAUGAAUCUUUGUGAUGCUUUGACACCAAAAUCAUUUCGAAGUGGAGAAGUCAUCAUUAAAGAGGGUGAUCAGGCUGAUGGAAUGUAUUUUGUUGAAGAGGGAACUGUGGUAAUCACAAAAAUUGAUGAGAGAGGACAAGAGAAAGAGUUAUCAAGAUUAACUAAUGGAGGAUAUUUUGGUGAAUUAGCACUUAUAACACACAAACCUCGAGCAGCGUCAGUUAAAGCUGUUGAUGGUGUCAAGACUGCAUUUCUUGAUGUUGGAGCUUUUGAACGACUUUUGGGACCCUGUAUGGAUAUAAUGAAGAGAAAUUUCAACGAUUAUGAAUCACAAUUAGAGAAAAUUUUUGGCAGUAAAGCAAACAUAUCAGACCUACGAUGACCCAAUCAACAUCAUUAACCACCGAAAUCAUAUGAAAAAAAAACACACACACACACAACACAAAUACAAAUAUAUACAAUUAAAGAAGAGGCAAAGAAAAACACUAAAACAAGGAGACAUCAUUAUCAUCGUCGUCGUCAUUUCUUAUCAUCGUCAUCGUCAUCAUCAUGGAAUCUUUUUUUUCUGAUCAGGCCUUUAUCGUGUGAGGAUGAAAAUCAAAGCCUAUUAAAGUCAAACUGUCAACAUCACACAAACAAUAUAAAUAUUAUACAUACAUCUAAAUGUAAUAACGAAAAACAAGAAAACUCUUUUUUUUGUGUCAUCUUCCCUCUAUAAUCAUCAUCAUCAUCAAGAGAAAAACAAACAUCAAUAUAUACACAUAAAUCUACUAAAUAUACAACAAGAAUACACAGCCAACCAUAAUUUAUAACAGAAUGGAAAAAAAACAAAAGGAAUCAUCUAAAUCAUCAAAAUGUUCAUCGAGACUUAAUUACUAACCAAAUUAAACAUAAACCAUUAAAUGUUAUCGUAAAGGAAAAGGAAGAGAGGAAAUCUAAUCAUAAUGAAACAAUUAAACCAAAAAAAUGACAAAAAUAAGAAAUUAACUUACCUUGGA